AUGUCGAGCAGAGAUGAUGAAAGUGAGGAUGUUCUUGUGAUUAUUGAUGGGAAAACAUUUCCUAAUAUACAAAAGAACGAAUUGGACGAGAUAUCUUUAACGGCAUUUAUGCUAGGAGUGAUUUUUGGUGUAUCCCUUAUUACAUUAUGCCUGUCUCCUUUUUGGAACUUCAACAUAUACAUGAUCUCACUAUCCAUAUUUCAUCUGUUAGAGUUUUGGAUUACUGCCAAAUACAAUCCUGGGAAAUUGAAUACAAACUCCUUUUUGAUAAACAACGGUGUCGGGUACUUUUUGGCCCAUUCGGUUGCACUGAUAGAGACAAUCAUAGAACGCCUUCUAUUCCCGUCGUUCAAAUCUACAACCUAUUCCUUUUACAACGAAUUUAUUGUUACCGUAGGAGUUGUAUUGCUACUCCUUGGACAGUAUGUUAGAUCAUCUGCAAUGAUCACAGCGGGGCAAUCAUUCUCACAUGUUGUGAAGGUAACAAAGAACUCUGACCACACUCUUGUCACGUCCGGCAUAUAUUCAAAGAGUAGGCAUCCCAGUUACUUUGGAUUCUUUUGGUGGUCUGUUGGCUCGCAGCUAAUGCUGUUAAAUCCAGUUUCAUUGGUCAUUUUUAUUGUCGUUUUAUGGAAAUUCUUCAAUAGUAGAAUUGCAUUCGAAGAAAGAUACCUCGUGCAGUUUUUCGGGAAUCAGUACAUAACGUACAGGGAAACUGUAGGAGUUGGUAUUCCCUUCAUCAAAUAG